UCCUGACCAGCCUGAUUGGAGGCAUGGAUGCACAGAGGGAGCCCGGAGAUGCGCAGAAGAGAAUCUCAUUUGGAUCCUGUCAAGAGCGGAAAACAUUCCCUCUCCACCAUGCCCCAGACAGGCUGGGGAUCCAGCUAGGAGACAUCAAGGGAAACCCCUUCCUUGGGCCAGGCUGUUACCAGAGUCAAGAGGCAAGCAGCCUCAGAUACUCGUGGGGAAAAAAAACACUGAGCACAAAAGGCUAUGUGAUAGGAGCAAGAACAGCCCAGCGAUUCAUAUCAGAGCCACAGACUGUGACUCCCGGCCCCGGAACGUACCAGUCAUUCUGGAAUAAAGACAGAAAAUGCCAGCCUGCCCAUGCUCCAUUUUCCACUAAGACAUCACGAUUUCCAGAUAAGCCUUCAGAUAAAGAACUUUUCCCCGGACCCGGAACUUAUGACACAGACAAGCAGUUACACAAGAAGAUCACUUGGCCGAUGAGGUUUGGGUCUCCAGACUGGUCUUUAGUGCCAAUGCCAGCAAAGAGGAUGCUAAAAACAGAGGUACAGAAGCUGAUGGCGGACAGAGAAUUCAUCAAGCAUCGGAACCGCGUGGCAUACCUGAGUUUGUAUGAGAGCUGAGCCGAGGAGCAGCCACGUUACAUCCAGCAGCGCCCUCAGCCCGCUCUGAGCUCCCAACCUGCUCGUGGAGAUGUUCACCUGCUCUACCCUGCCUCCGCAAUAAAACCUGCUCAAAAAGAGGCAUUUCUUGUUGCUAAUUGUGCUUACUUUGUGCGGUGCCUGGUCUCUCCUGCCCCUGAGGGUGUUUGGUACCGUUGGUGCUGGUGCUCAGCAUCCCUCGGCCCUGCCUCCCUCCGCCCUUGGCCCAGGCAGCAGCCAUCUUCUGCAGGUCGCAAUGUAAACACCCCAUGGAGCCACCUGCCCUAACAUGGCCUCCCCUGCCACAAGGGGCUUUUACCCCCAAACCCAGCCCUUACUGGCACCAGAGAGGAACAAAAUUAACUUCUCUCAGCUGCCACCUGCCUUCCCCAGCCUCCUCGCCACCAUCUCCUCCUCUCCAGGCUGCGCAGAGGGGUUUCCCACCUGCGGAUCUCCCUCUGGCUGAACAAAGCUCCACAGCCUGAAGAGAGCUGAGAAACGUGGGGUCGUAUGUGGUACAGCCACCACAGCAACUGUAUUAAACUAGCAGACAGUAAACAUCCUGGGUACAGAGUGCUGUGCUGAGAACAGCCAGACCAGGUGGCCUGUGAGAGGUACUUGUGCGUGACCAGCAUCAUCCCUACGGACGUAAGAAGUUGUUCUCGAGCAACCAACAUGCUGCUAGUUAAGAAUCUGUCCACAAAAAUAAAUUUAGUCUGAAACAGGAAGGUCCUGGUGUUUAUCCUCAGGUGUCUUGGUAAUGUACAACUCUGACUGAAGGAUUUCUAUAAAUAUUUGCAACCUACCUUCACACACGUGCUGAUCAGACUUGAUUCAAUCUCAGGGGAAAACUGAGAACUCACAAUAUUUGUACUCGAUAUAACUACCAAUCACAAUGCAGGCUUUCGAAUUUUCUGGGUCUGUUUAGCUGUGCCUGCAGCAAUUUCACCUGUAGUCCAAUUUUGACUGUAAAAACAAAACCUUUUCUUCCAAUUUCCCACUUUCGGUCUUCAAGUGCUCUUGCAUACGCAGUGCAACAGCUGCUCAAGGCCUUUCUUCUUGAUACACGUUGGCCCCUUCCCUCACAACCACAAGAGGAUGCUUUGUAGUUGCAGCUGGCAAAAUGGGAUGUUGUUGUUGAUUCUCAAUUGCCCCUUUUGGUGCAAUCUCUCGAAGGUGGGGUUGCGACUCACUGGAAAUUGUACUGUCCUAAGACCUGUAUUUUAUGUCUCCGUUUCCAGCUCCACUAUUGUAUUCAUGGCUGAUACUGCAUACUUCACCUCUAUUUCACUUUAUUUUAUAAUCAAGGGAAAAAUACAUGUGUAAGAGACAGAUGUAAAAGCAACUAAAAAGCACCUGUGAUUUUGUGGUCUUUUUCAACCAUGUUCCACCUGCAGCUGGGGAAACCUUCUUAUAAAACUUGCAAAACUGAUGCUAUUUCAAAAGGUACCUUGUCCUCACUGAACAUAUUUGUAAUGAACCAGAGUUUUUGUUGGAAAAUUCCCAAACUUCUCAGUAAUCAAGUGUUAUUGUAGCAAAAGGAAGAGAUAC